CUCACGAAGAAGUGCCGUUCUAAGCGCUGUCUCAAUAGACGAUCUUGGUUCAUGAUGAUGUGACACUGCAGUGUGAGAAACUUCAACAAGUAGCUAGUUACCCGAUUACGUCCACCAUCUUUAGACAUUACAGGAGUCAAAUUUCAGGACUGAAAGUGGACAGUUGAGUUUGCUGUACAGUGACUGAGAAAGAUAUGAUGACUCUAAGGAUUCUCCUUGAAGUUCUGAUACCUUAGUUUGAGCAACUUUGCACAGCCAAAUUUCUUAGCCCAGCAGUAUAUGAGAAGAUGAAGGAGAAAGAACUUCCUGCUCGUGCUACAUCAGUUAAUGCCCUCAAGACUUAAGAUUGGUCUUGAAUUAGCCACGUGUCCUUCACCUAAAAAUUUAUAAACCUGUAACAACACCAUGAGCCAAUGUUGUCCUGCUGACCUCCAGCCCAGAUGAGAGGCCCAAGUGUCAUUGCAGUAGUGAUUACUGUUGGUCUAGAUUUAUCAAGAACUAGUUAUCUAUUCAGUUGGAGUUGACCUUGAAAAUCAUUACCACUUUGAGUGUCACCAAGAGAGGGAAUAGAGAGAUUAUUGUAUACAAGCUUUCAGCCCUUUGUUCAUUUGGUUGUUUCAGCUUUCCUUUUCUGGGAUCACCCAAGACCUGUGCUACAAAUCCCAGCCUUUAGAAGUAAGCACAUCUUUGCUUGGCUUUACGAUGCCCACCAACCAGUCCUCCCCCUGGGGUGGAGGGAAGCUUCUGACUUGUUCUAGUGCAGAUCAUCCCAUCAAUGAAACCUCUGUCAGUACACAAGCCAAAACAGUUAGAACUACAGAAGUGCCUUAUAGUUAUAUAUCCCUUGAGCCAUCUAGAAAAAACAACCAAGCCAAAUCUUUAAUGUCAACUGAUGUUGCCUCACCACCUCCUUCUUUAAGUCAGAUAUCAGCGGCAACACCUGUGGUUGCUGUGUGGGAAAAAGGAGAUGGCAACUUCAUCGCUGUGCCAGAUGAAAUUCUAAGCCCAAACCAACUUCUGGUACCAGGGCUUAAGCAGUCUGGCUGCAACCUUACAGAGACUAGUACCUCUUCUUCUGUCUUCAAGAUGGAAUACCAGGCGGGGUUUAAUGUCCAGCUGUCAGGCACCAUGCCGAAAUAUACAUCACUCGAGACCUCUCAGUCUGAAAACAUUUCGGCAGUGAAGAGUCAUCAGGCUGUCACAUGUGUUGCUCCCUUGGGACUGGAGGCAAUUUGCCAUCAAGACCUGUUGAUUAUGGGGAAGCAUGCUCCCCACCACACCAACGGGCUGACACAUGAGCCUGCAGAUUGUUUCUCUAUGCCACCAGUGCCUGAUAUCUGCCUUAGUCUUUGUGAAAAUCAGGGGCCAACUGUGAGGAAGGAUGCCUCCAGUCUUAACAACACAAAAACAGAGAUAAGAAGCACAAGAGGAGAAGCAAAACCUAUGCAGAGGAGUUGUUCAGCUCAAUCAGCAACAAAAUGCGGGCAGACACAGAACAGCAGCACAACUUCUUUUGAGACUUCUUUUGACUGUCAGUUCCUUGUGAGAGGUGUUCCUCUCACAGAUUUGGGAGCAACUACAAACAGCAAGCCCCAAACAAGUGCAACCAAGCAGACCCCAGGCAGAAGUAUCAAUCCCUUUCCAAACAAUCCAAUGCCAGCUUUGAAUUGUGCCAGUGCCAGUCAGGCGGAGAAGACAUCACCAUUGGAGGCUGCUACAGAUGUGCCCUGCUGUCCUGCAGGAGCUUUGGUGGGCUCAGUGACCAAUCAGAUCUCAGCUAUUCACCUCACAAGGCAGGGAUACCCAGCCUCAGCAUUAUCUUCCUUCCCAUCUCUUUCUUCUGCCUCACUGACACAGGAAUGCCUGCUUGAAGAGACUCAGCCCUGUGGCCCAGUGUAUGUUGCACAAAUAGAUGGAGAAGAAGAGGAGCUGCCUGAUGAGCUGGAAAAUGCUGGUAGUGAUGGUGAUGAGUCAGACUGCUCAUCCAUCAUUUGCACUUCAUCCAGAACAUCCAUCACUGUCCUCUCCAGUAUCGAGGAGCCGAUGUUGUUGGGGGCAGGAGAUGAUCAAGAAGAGCAACCGGCACUAAUUCCCAGUUUGUUCCCCCUCAUCUCUCCAACCCUCUAUUUUAGUACUGCCAACGAGAAAGUGGAGCUGCUGCCUGCAGAACAAAGACGACUACUGAAAUGGAAGAUGAGCACUAUAACUCCCAAUGUUGUCAAGCAAACCAUCGCUAGAUCACACUUCAGAGUCACAAAGAAAAGCCAUGACUGGUUGGGCUGCUGGGGACACCAUAUGAAGUCUCCAGGCUUCAAAGUGAUUGGAAGCCACCAGAAGCUGAACCAUUUUCCAGGAACAUUUCAGAUUGGGAGGAAAGACCGGCUGUGGCGAAACCUGUCCAAGAUGCAAGUUCGCUUCGGCAAACAAGAGUUCAACUUUUUCCCACGGACCUUUGUCCUUCCUCAGGACAUCAAGCUGCUCCGCAAAGCCUGGGAGGAUGGAGGCUCCAAGCAAAAAUGGAUCAUCAAACCUCCUGCGUCAGCCAGAGGAAUAGGGAUUCAGGUUAUUCACAAAUGGAGUCAGAUGCCUCGUAAGAGACCACUACUUGUUCAGAAGUAUCUCCACAAGCCCUAUCUCAUCAGUGGGAGCAAGUUUGACUUGCGGAUCUACGUCUAUGUGACAUCUUACAACCCACUGAGAAUUUAUAUGUUCUCAGAUGGACUGGUUCGAUUUGCUAGCUGCAAGUAUUCAUCUUCCCUGAAGACCCUGAGUAACAAGUUCAUGCACCUGACCAACUACAGUGUCAACAAGAAGAACUCUGAAUACCAGACAAACAGUGAUGACAAGGCCUGCCAAGGGCACAAAUGGGCUUUGAAGGCCUUAUGGCAGUAUCUUGGGAUGAAGGGAAUCAAUACCACCCUGCUAUGGGAGAAGAUUAAAGACAUUGUGAUCAAAACUAUCAUAGCGUCAGAGCCAUACGUUAGCAGCCUGAUGAAGAUGCAUGUUCGGACACCUUACAGCUGUCAUGAGCUGUUUGGCUUCGACAUCAUGCUGGAUGAGAACCUCAAACCCUGGAUCCUGGAAGUGAACAUAUCACCCAGCCUUCAUUCCAACACUGGACUGGAUGUUUCCAUAAAGGGUCAGAUGAUCAAAGAUCUCCUGAACUUGGCUGGCUUUCGUAUUCCUCCAAGAGAAGAUGUGACUACCCCGUGCAGCAGUGCAUCCAGCUCCACUAAUAGUUUGUGUGGAGGAAACAGAGAGAAGACCAAACUGGAUCUGUCUGCUGAUGAGAAGCUCAAACGAGCAUUUUAUCUUACACAGCGUUACGCCAACCAGGACUUCCUGUCAACAGUGUUGGAUGUUUUGACUCCAGAGGAUGUCCGGGUACUGGCAGAGAGUGAAGAUGAGCUGAAUCGUCGAGGAGAGUUUGAGCGCAUUUUCCCAUCACCGUCAUCAUCUCGCUACCUUAACUUCUUUGAGUGUUCAAGAUACCUCAACAUCCUGCUGGAUCAGUGGGAGCAAAAGUACUGGAACAACAGGACAACAUGUGUCAGUCUACUGAGAACACUCUGCCAGGAAGGUGUCCAUCUGGGAACCAGUGACCCUGCUCACAUGUGGUCCAAGUCUAACUACAUCUCCAAGUUUGAACACAAAAGGCAAGAUGUGGCUAGCCCUUCCAGAUCCAGGGUGGUGGUCAGCCAUCAGCUCUAGUCCCAAUGUAAUGGCAGUACUGAUGAGAAUCACCAGUGGUGCCUGUGCCAGCCCUCACCCACAGCCUGUUGCCCUAGCAGUUUGCCUCGCCCUGAUGAUCUUAUUUCCUAACCCAGAACAUGCACAAAGCUCAGGACCUGUUUAGCCCCAUCCUCUAAAUAGUGCUUCCAUUUUAGUCCUCAUGAAGCACUGUAGGAAGGAGUGGAUUUUUUAGGGUUUCACCUUUUUUCUUUGUUUUUUGUUUUGUUUUAAACUAAUAAUCACUCAUAUGGCAUCCACUGUUGCUUUAAGAGGCUAAAUGUAGAACCGAACUAUGCCAAGCCAUCACUGUCAUCAUCAAAUGUGCCUAAUUUAUCAUCAAGUUUAUAUAAGUUUCAUAAAAUCCACAUUUUUUUUUCUACUUUGACAGCAAUACAUGGGGCAGACAGUGUUACCUAGUAAUUGGCAAUGUGAACCUGGUCCUUGGAAACACAUUCAGCCAUGUAGAAUGAGUACUGAAUUUUGAAUAUUCAAUACUGAAUGUGCCUUAAGACAACUAAAGAAGAGUACACAGACAAAGCAGUGCACACUGCACCGAAGCCUUACAUCAUCAUUCUGCUAAAAACUUAAACCAAUAACUGUUGUUUUUGUGAAUCAAGUGGGAGCUUUUGGUGUGACUGGUAGAUGGUUUGUAACUGAUGUUCCCCAUCCCAAUUUUUAUGCUGUUAUGUUUGUAGCAGAGGACAACAUGUAACUGCAGGAUUGUCUGAGUUUAAGGAUGUGUUACUUGGCCAGGGUCUUAUUUCAUGUUGUCACACCAAAUCACAGAAAUGUGUUCUUUUUAAUCAUGGUGCCAUUUUCUGGAUUCAACACCUGCUAAGAACAAGAUCCUCCAAUAUGAUCUUCUUACACAUGUUGGUCCUCAGUGUUCUUUGGUACUGAACUCAGACUUUUAAUGAGACACACUGGGUUCCUCACAGCUGUUCUUUUAACACCCACACACAGAGGCUAAACUUGUUCUGAAGUUGAAAUGAUGAGUAAUGACAGUACUGUGAUUUUAAUCUGCAUAUUGGUUUAUUAUCAAAAAGGCAUUUUGAGCCUUUCUGGGCUCUUGUUACACAAAUUGAGGGAUUUGGGAGCUCUAAUUAUCACUAUUAACCUUUGUGUUCCCUGGGUGAUGUGUUAAUGGGUGUUUGACAGAAUCUCAUUUUAGUUAAUGAUAGUGACUUAUGGGGUGUAGCUUGAUGUGCAUGUUGGUAUUAUUUCAUCUUUAAUUUGCAAAAAGGGCUUUUCUACAUAUAGUAUUUCUUGGAGGCUGUCAAAAUGGGAGUAAAGCGGCAGAAUUUAAAGGGGAAAUGCAGCUUCUUUCAACAGUGCAUUUCCUAAUAGUGUGUCUGUUGUGUCUCUGUAUUAUACUAACAUUGCUCUCUGUUACAGAGACUCAAAAAAGCUAGAAAGCUUCAGGGCGCUCACAGUCUCCUCCAGACACUGAUACACACUAUUUGGUGUGACUAUUUGUUCCCCCCAAAGGUGGGGAGUACAGUGUUAGUUAUAGAGCCACAACAGUCACACAAGGCUAAAAUAAACAUAUAUAUGAUCCUUUAAGCCCACAGAAGUUGAAUUAGAAAGCUCCACUUAGACUCUGUGAGCAGGGGUAGUUUUAAACUCGAUAGGGCUGAAUUGGUGUUCACAGGUGAGUUCUUUUUUCCUGAAGCAUCUUAUUUAAAAACAAAAAAACACAGUUACUGCGAGAUGAUUUCAAUUUAAAAAUAAACUACUUGAAAUAUUGUGAGGCACCUUCUGUGAAAUCUGACAAAUAUCAGAGCAAACUGGCUGCACGUGUACAAACAAUGUUUCAGCUGUCACAUGUAAUGUUACUCACUGUUACAUAAUUAUUUUCAGUUUCCUGCCUCUUUUACAGCAGGAACUUUAAAGGAGACCUACUUUGCUGUGUUUUUCUUCUUGGAUUACACUGAGCUGUACAGCCUGUGCUUAGUCUUUGUUGCAGAUGACCAUAUCUAGAAACCUGUGACAAACUGAUGCUUACAAGUACAAAAAACAAAGAAAAAGCAUGCAUUUAAAAAACUCUUUAAAGUUUAAAGCUUGAAGUUUUGGCUCUCGGGGAUCAUGGGCUGUAGCUCAGGACGUAGAGCAGGUCACCUGCUAGUUGAAAGGUUA